CUCCGCCCGCGCCGCUCGGCGGGGACAAAGCGCGGGGCCGAGCGGGGCCAUGUCGUCCGCAGGCGGCCGCCAGCCCAGCCAGAGCCGGGCCAUCCCCACCCGCACCGUCACGCUCAGCGACGCCGCGCAGCUCCCCGCCGACUACUGCACCACCCCCGGCGGGACGCUCUUCUCCACCACACCGGGAGGCACCCGGAUCAUCUACGACCGCAAGUUCCUGCUGGACCGCCGCAACUCCCCCAUGGCCAAGACCCCGCCUUGUCACCUCCCCAAUAUUCCCGGCGUCACCAGCCCCGGCGAGGCCGGCGAGGAGACCAAAGCGGACGCCAACAGCUUGAACCACCAGGAGGGCAAGCCAUCCAUGGGGGACGAUGCUCAGUUCGAGAUGGAUAUCUGAGUGGGAACCACGGAGAGGCAGCGACUCCCCAGACCUGUGCACCCUCCAUUCGGCUUAGCAGGAUCCGUCCCGGCAAGGCGGAGGUGGCAGCGCUCCCCACCAGUGUCUCCCUCCCCGCCUGUCUCCUCCCCUUCUUUUUUUGGGGGGAGUGCAGCUCUGUCUUCUCCCCUUUUGCGGGUGACUGGUCCCAGCAUGUGCCGGACGGAGCAUCCCUUCUGGAUCCGGCCCUGUUCCUCCUCUUCCUCCCGCCAGCAGCCUGAUCUCCACCAGGCUUCUUUUUAAAACAUCCCUUUGCCUCUUCUGCUGCCCUAAAAUUCCCCUCGUUACCCAAACCACCCACUGCCAGCAGCUUGGUGUUCUGGAGCUGCGUCACCCCUUCUCCUGGAAAAUUUGGGCAGCCUGUCAGGAGGAGGGGGAAACACCACUCCUAAAACCGUGCGCCUGCUCGCGCCCCAGGGGAGGGUAUUUUUUGAGUUCCCCUGGGUUGUGCUGGCAUUCAGCGGAGGAUGACGCUGGGAGCCCAUUUCCUUCAGUGCUCCAGGGGUCCGGUGUAGUCCCUGAUGGCAUCAGCCAGCAUGCUCACAUCCCUCCUACCCAGACUUUUUCCAUCUUGGCCCUCCAGCCAGGGGCUGUGUCCCCAACCCACCAGCCAGGACUCACAGCAAUGUAGCCAUAUGUUAUAAAACCCCCUUGCUUUUAUUUUUUUGGUACUAAAAAGGGGCACUUUACCCUCAACGACUCCUUCCGGGCUGGGGCCAAAUGCCUCUGGAGAAGUGCUUGUAGUGCUCGGGUUUUUUUUUACCCCCCGGCCCUUUAAAAUGUGAAUCCCACAGGGGGGAGAUCCCUCUGGCGCCGUUGGAUGUCUCAGGAAUCACUGGGUGUCCCUGGGGGCUGUGGGGGCUCGCCAGACACCACAGGGAUGGGGCGCUCUGCUCUCAGGGUGCUGCCAUCGAUGCCAUCCUCUGCUUAAGUUUUCAGGAUGGGAUUUCUCCCAUCCGGAGCAUGCUGUCGUGGAUAAGGCAUUUCCACGUUAACCUCCCCUUUGCUAGCCUGGCAUGGCAUGGCUGUCUUGAGCCUCCCCUGGAGAUGGGAUUUAUUUUUCCCGCUCCCUCCGUGCGAGUCUCGCCCUGACAAGCAGCGCUGGGCAAGGCCGUGCGUGGCCGCAGUGGUGCUGGGCUGCACCCCCUAAUCCCACCAGCCCCCCCCAGUUUCGAUUUUUUACUGCCUGUUGGGAGCCAUCACCAGCUCCACAACCUUCUCAAGUGCCAUUUUAUCAGCCCCCACCUGAGUGCCUGCUCCAUCCAUCCUCCCUCCCCUGCUGGGGUCGCCCCUCACCUCGGUACCCAACCCUGGGGACCCGUGCUGGGGAGAGGGACAUCCCACAGGCUUUGUGCACUUUCCAUCCCAUAAUUUAUUUCUCUAGGUGUGUUUGGCACGGGGCAGCGCUGGUGGCGAGCUCCCAUCUUCCAGCUGCUUUUCUCACAAGGAGGGGGAUGGGAGAGGAAAAAGCUUUGGGGGUGGGAGAGGAAAAAGCAAAAGCACAACCCCAGGGAAUGGGUUGUCUUUCCCAUCCUUUCCCUCGCGUGGGAGGCGAGGUGAACGCGUAGCCCGGCCGCCGUAGGCGCACGAGUGAGUGAGUGCGAGUAGAAAUAUGUAUCUGCGUGUGGGUGGGUGGUGAUAAGACACACACAAAUAUAUAUAUUAUAUAUAAAUAAAUAUAUUUUCCUUGGAGCGAAGAUCCUAGGAAGUCGGUUAGGCCCUCGGAUUGAGGGAGGGGCAGGGGCAGGGUGCAAGGAUAUCCUUGGCAGAGCGGGGACAGCCACCGUGGAUGCAGGGACCUGGCGCCCUCAGCACAGCUGCUCGUUUUGGGAAACCUGCUCUGCAAGCCAAAAAUAAUUAGACAAUAUCCAAGGACAAUGUGACUUAAUGGACAGGAGCCGGAGGGAAACCUUUUUAUUUUUUCCAUUUAUUUUUUUUCUCUAAACACCCCCUUUCACAACCUCCUUUUGUCUCCGUUCCCCAUCCUAGCGACUUUCUCCCGGUUCUCUUUUGUAAGCGGGCUCGGGGCUGAGCAGGGAGGGAGUGCCUGGCCUCGCCAGGGCGUUCCUCUGCUAGUCAAGGGAUCCAUUUGGGAUUUCUGUUGUUUUUUACCGUCUCUUCAAGCAGGUGUUUGGGAGGAGAAAAGCUCUCGCCGGUGGUUGCUGUUACAGUGAGAUCAAUAAAUAUCUUGGUUCUACUAAA